AUGAGCAAAGAAGAGUGGUUAUAAAGGACCAGCCAUUAUCAUGAUAUUGAGUGACACUUCUAAUAUUGUGAGGGAGAAGAAGAGAGCAAAAAUGAGCUUUAAUAGGAUUUUUUUGAAUAUCAUAAUAAUCCUUUGUGUAUGCCUCAAUUGGGACUGUAGCGAGGGAGCUCAUGAAAAACAGAGGAGGGCGAUUAAUUCUCAUACUAUCCAACUCAGCUCCCUCUUCCCUUCACCAUCAUCACCUUGUGUUCUUUCUACAAGGGCCUCCAAUACAAAGUCCUCACUGCACGUGACGCACAGGCACGGCACAUGCUCACGUAUAACCAGUGCCAAAGCCAAGAGUCCAGACCAUGCCGAGAUUCUUAGACUGGACCAAGCGCGCGUAAACUCGAUCCACUCCAAACUUUCGAAGAAGCUCACAGACCGAGUCAGGCAAAGCAAGUCAACGGCUCUACCUGCUAAAGACGGAAGCACCUACGGAACAGGAAACUACGUCGUGACUGUCGGAAUCGGAACACCGAAACACGAUCUGUCCCUGAUCUUCGACACAGGAAGCGAUCUGACGUGGAUUCAGUGCGAGCCAUGCGUUCGAACUUGCUAUUCCCAAAAAGAACCAAUCUUCAACCCGUCUUCCUCUUCCUCGUACCAUAACGUCUCUUGCUCGUCGGCUGAGUGUAGCUCUCUCUCCUCUGCUACAGGUAACUCUGGAUCAUGCUCGGCUUCAAACUGCGUCUACGGUAUUCAGUACGGCGAUCAAUCGUUCUCCGUUGGAUUCCUCGCCAAGGAGAAGUUUACACUAACGGCUUCUAACGUCUUCGACGGCGUUAGCUUCGGCUGCGGCGAGAACAACCAAGGACUUUUCACCGGAGUCGCCGGACUUCUCGGCCUCGGCCGCGACAAGCUCUCUUUCCCGUCGCAGACGGCGUCGACCUACAACAAGAUCUUCUCCUACUGCCUCCCUUCCUCCGCCAGCUACACCGGACACCUCACCUUCGGAUCCGCCGGAAUCUCCAGAUCCGUUAAAUUCACUCCGAUCUCCACGAUCACGGACGGCACAUCCUUCUACGGCCUCGACAUCGUCGGAAUCUCCGUCGGAGGUCAGGAUCUAGCGAUUCCUCCGACGGUGUUCUCUACUCCGGGAGGUUUGAUCGACUCCGGAACCGUCAUCUCUCGCCUCCCGCCGAGAGCCUACGCGGCGCUCCGGAGCUCUUUCAAGGCGAAGAUGUUGCAGUACAAGAACACGUCGGCCGUCUCGAUCUUGGACACGUGUUUCGACCUCACCGGGCUUAAGACGGUGACGAUCCCGACGGUUUCGUUCCGCUUCAGCGGUGGCGCCGUCGUGGAGCUCGGCUCGAGAGGGGUUUUGUACGCGUUCAAGAUGUCGCAGGUGUGUUUGGCGUUUGCGGGGAAUAGCGAUGAGAAUAACGCUGCCAUCUUUGGGAACGUUCAGCAGCAAACGCUGGAAGUCGUGUACGACGGUGCGGGCGGGCGGGUCGGGUUUGCUCCUAAUGGGUGUAAAUGAAACCGAAAGGUAAAAUUAUUUACGGAUUUUGGCGCCAAAUUAGCCAUGUAUGAAAUUUGUGUGAGCACGUGAUUGGGUCUCUGAAGUGUAAAUGGUACACGUUUAUUGUAUAAGGCCAAACUGUUAAUUUACA